AUGGGUUUUGUAAAAGUGGUAAAAAAUAAGGCCUACUUCAAGAGAUAUCAGGUCAAGUUCAGGAGGAGGAGAGAGGGAAAAACUGACUUCUUUGCCAGGAAGCGUCUUGUCGUCCAGGACAAAAACAAGUACAAUACCCCCAAAUACCGCAUGAUUGUACGCUUCUCCAACAGGGAUAUUGUGUGCCAGAUUGCUUACGCCAAGAUCGAAGGAGAUGUCAUCGUUUGUGCUGCUUAUUCUCAUGAGCUGCCAAAGUACGGCAUCGCUGUGGGUCUGACCAACUAUGCAGCUGCUUACUGCACUGGUCUGCUGCUUGCCCGCAGACUGCUGAACAAGUUUGGCCUGGACAAAGUGUACGAUGGCCAAGUGGAGGUGACUGGAGAUGAAUUCAACGUAGAGAGCAUUGACGGCCAACCCGGUGCCUUCACCUGUUACCUGGAUGCUGGCCUUGCAAGAACCACCACCGGAAACAAAGUGUUCGGUGCCCUGAAGGGGGCAGUCGACGGCGGCCUGUCCAUCCCACACAGCACUAAGCGGUUCCCUGGGUACGACACCGAGAGCAAGGAGUUCAACGCAGAGGUUCAUCGCAAACACAUCCUUGGAAUCAAUGUGUCGGAGUACAUGAGCUAUCUCAUGGAGGAGGAUGAGGAGGCAUACAAGAAGCAGUUCUCCCGCUUCAUCAAGAAUGGAGUCACCCCAGAAUCUAUCGAGGAGAUGUACAAAAAGGCUCAUGCUUCUAUUCGCGAGAACCCUGUCCAUGAAAAGAAGCCCCUCAAAGAAGUCAAAAAGAAGAGGUGGAACCGUGCCAAGCUAUCCCUCCAGCAGAGGAAAGACCGUGUCGCCCAGAAGAAGGCCAGCUUCCUCCGGGCUCAGGAACAGGAGGAGGACUGA